CCUCACUUGGCUCUCGUCCUCCGGCCGGGAAGCAUGGAUCUACCCGGACUCCUCUGCGCCUUCUUGCUGGUCGUCUGCUGCUGCUGUCGCCGCGCCACUGGUGUGCCUGGAGAGGCGGAGCAGCCCACACCAGAGAUGGUGGAGGUGGAAGUGGGCAACACCGCCCUUCUGAGGUGUGGCCCUUCGCACUCCCUGAGCAACCUCAGCCAUGUGGACUGGUUUUCUGUCUACAAGGAGAAGCCCACACUCAUCUUCCGUGUGCGCCAGGGCCAGGGUCAGAGUGAGCCUGGGGAGUACCAGCACCGCCUCAGCCUCCAGGGCCCAGGGGCUCUGGCUCUGACUCAGGUCAUGCCCCAUGAUGAGCGCAUCUUCCUGUGUCAGAGUAAGCGUCCUUGGUUCCAGGAGCACCGCAUUCAGCUCCGUGUUUUCAAAGCUCCAGAGGAGCCAACCAUCCAGACCAGUGCCCUGGGCAUCUCUGUGAACAGCAAGGAGCCUGAGGAGGUCGCCACCUGUAUAGGGAGGAAUGGGUACCCCAUUCCUCAAGUCAUUUGGUACAAGAAUCGUCUGCCCCUGAUGGAGGAGAAAAAUCGUGUCCACAUUCAGUCCUCGCAGAUCGUGGAGUCAAGUGGCUUAUACACCUUGAAGAGUGUUCUGAAGGUACAGCUGGUUAAGGAAGACAAAGAUGCCCAAUUUUAUUGUGAGCUCAGUUACCGACUGCCCAGUGGGAACCACAUGAAGGAAUCUAGGGAAGUCACUGUCCCCGUUUUCUACCCAGCGGAAAAAGUGUGGUUGGAAGUGGAGCCUGCGGGAAUGCUGAAGGAAGGGGAUCGUGUGGAAAUCAGAUGUUUGGCGGAUGGCAACCCCACACCUCCCUUCAGCAUCCACAAGCAGAAUCCCAGCACCAGGGAGAUGGAGGAAGAAAGAUCCACUGACAAUGGCCUCCUGGUGCUGGAGCCUGCCCAGAAGCAGCACAGCGGGCUCUACGAAUGCCAGGGUCUGGACUUAGAAACCACGAUACCACUGUUGAGUGAACCCCAGGAGCUGCUGGUGAACUAUGUGUCUGAUGUUGACGUGAGUCCCGCAGCCCCUGCGGGCCAAGAAGGCAGUAGCCUUACACUGACUUGCAAGGCAGAGAGUAACCAGGCCCUCGAGUUCCAGUGGCUGAGAGAAAAGACAGGCCAAGUGCUGGAAAAGGGGCCUGUACUUCACUUUGACCAUCUGAAACGGGAGAUAGGAGGAGGCUACCGCUGUGUGGCAUCUGUGCCCAGCGUACCUGGCCUGAACCGCACACAGCUAGUCAAUGUGGCCAUUUUUGGUCCCCCAUGGAUGGCAUCAAAGAAGAGGAAGGUGUGGGUGAAAGAGAAUACAAUGCUUAAUCUGUCUUGUGAAGCAUCAGGACAUCCUCGGCCCACCAUCUCCUGGAACAUCAAUGGCACUGCAAGUGAAGAAUACCAAGAUUCACAGAGGGUGCUGAGCACUCUCAAUGUCCUUGUGACCCCAGAGCUGUUGGAGAGGGGCGCGGAAUGCACAGCUUCCAACUCCCUGGGCAGAAACAGCACCAUCAUCAUCCUGGAGCUGGUCAGUUUAACUACCCUCACACCAGACUCCAGCAAAACAGCUGGCCUCAGCACCUCCACUGCCAGUCCUCAUGCCAGAGCCAACAGCACCUCCACAGAGAAAAAGCUGCCGGAGCAGGAGAGCAAGGGCGUGGUCAUUGUGGCUGUGAUCGUGUGUAUCCUGGUCUUGGCUGUGCUGGGCGCUAUCCUCUAUUUCCUCUACAAGAAGGGCAAGCUGCUGUGUGGGCGGUCAGGCAAACAAGAGAUCACGCUGCCCCCGUCUCAUAAGAGUGAAUUUGUAGUUGAAGUUAAGUCAGAUAAACUCCCAGAAGAGAUGGGCCUCCUACAGGGCAGCAGCGGUGACAAGAGGGCUCCAGGAGACCAGGGAGAGAAAUACAUCGAUCUGAGGCAUUAGCCAUGGAAUCACAUUGGCUCUCUACUCACCUGGACAGUUUCUGGCUCCCUGCUCACUCUUUUCCCCAGCCAAAGCCCCCAAAGGGACUACAGAGAAGACCCCUGCUCCAGCACACCUACAGAUCCAUUCUAGAGGGCUAUGGGCUAGGGCCAGAGCCAUCCCAAGAAGGACCUCACUUGGCCCUGGAGGCCCCCUUUUAGGGCCCAGUCCACCUCUAUCUCCACUUAUGCGAUGUUCAGAAGAGGCCUCAG